AUGGCCGACAUUCCUGCCAUCCGUGUGACGGAUCCGCAGAGCCGGGAUACCGUACCAGAGAGCAUAGGACCAAACAGGAGUGAAGGAUUCGACCAUGCUGCGGGCAGCAGAAGCGCAUCGCCAAAAGAGGGUAGGCCAUCAAAAGGAGAAAGAGGUCCACGGAGGAACAACAAAGAGCCCAAGGCUNNGACAGGAGGCGGUGACCAGGCAGCAGACCAAACACAUCCGGAGGCCUCCCGAAUCCUGGCAAACUGCUCCGUUCGUUGUCGGGGACCUUGUCGAACCAAGAAGAGCCCGUUGCAAACGACAAAGAUCCCUUGUCGCAGNCACCUUUUCCGCCGCGUACGACCAACGUCAUCUGGUGCGAGUGUCCCUUCUGAAGAUCGAUCCGACGACAAUGCCAUUUCCAGAUCAAACACGACUCUGAGUUCUACAGGUCGCGAGAAGAAGUGCGUUCUUGGCGCCUCAUUCCUCGGACGACUGCUGGGAAACAAGAAGAAAGAGACCGACGACAAUGUCAUUGACGACGCUGCAUCCGAGUUCAGCAACCUGCGACCCGAAGGCAUGGAGGCCAACGUCUUUUCCCAGCCCAUUGACAAUAUCGAGUUCAACCCACGACAUCCACCACCUCCAGAGUACAUCAGAGUCAGAGCACGCGACAAGAAAGAAAAGGACUUUGACCAUUUGUUCUUGGCCCAAGAGCUCUUGUCUUCAAACGUCCAUCAUGACGAGACACCGAUAUGGGCGAUGCAGUUCAGCAGGGAUGGCAGAUAUCUCGCUGCGGCAGGACAAGACAAGAUCAUCCGUAUCUGGGAGGUCAUCAAGACUCCAGAAGAUCGCAAGUCACAUGCUGAAGAAUCCGACAUCAACCAUCGCCCUCGUUUGAGUGCUCCAGUGUUUCGUCAAGAGCCAGUCAGAGAUCAGUUGCCAGAUAUGAUAACAGCGGUCGCCUUUACGCCGGAUGGAAAAUAUGCAAUGGCUGGGUGUUUUACUGGUCUUUGCAUGUUCUACGAGACUGAAGGGCUAAAGUAUCAAACUCAAAUCCACGCUCGCUCUAGGAAUGGUAAGAAUGCAAAGGGCAGCAAGAUUACUGGAAUCCAGUCCUUCCAUGCUGGUGGAGAGACCAAGGUGCUCAUCAGCAGUAAUGACUCGCGCAUACGAUUAUACAAUUUCCGCGACAAAAGCAUGGAGAUCAAAUUUAAGGGCAACAUCAACGACAGCAGCCAGAUCCGAGCGGCGAUCAGCGACGAUGCAAAAUACAUUUUCUGCGGCAGCGAAGAUCACAAAGUCUACAUCUGGCCCACACAUCCGCGCAGCAGUGACAAGAAGCAAAAGCGACCAAUGGAAACUUUUGACGCCAGCAACACAGUAGUCACCUGCGUCGCCUUUGCGCCGCCAAAGAGCAAGCAACUGCUUGGCAGGUCCGAAGACCCAAUCUACGAUCUCUGCAAUCCACCCCCGGUAAUGCUGAUGAGCUCAGCCGAACGCACCGGCUCACGACCACCUUCGCGCGCACCCACCGAAGACGGCCUCGAAGCAGACACACAACCCCACAAGCGCCCCGACGAAUCUCCAGCCUAUGUCGCGCGCUCCACCCAUGCCACAGGAAACAUCAUCGUUACCGCCGACCUGGCCGGCAGAAUAAAAGUCUUUAGACAAGACUGCGCGUACAACAAGCGCAAAACCGACAAUUGGGACACGUCGUCCGUGUUUUCGAAGCGCAAGCUAGAAUCCUCAGUUGGCGACAAGGGAUCUCGGGAAACGGUGGUAANCAAUACAACAAACGGCUCUAUUCGCAGCAACUCGCCGCGAAAAAGCACUGCCUCUUCUGCUGCUGCUGCUGCUGCUCCUCCACAACAGCAACGACCAGAUUCCAAAACUUCAAUGGCACCUCCUCCCCCUCCCGCACCACCAAAAAGUGAAGACAACGAUGACACCGACCCCUCUUCCUCCAAGGCGAUCAAAGCAUGCUAUACUGGAAACUAG